AGUCAACAUCAAAUCUCAUUCUCUUUCAACAGAUGAUGCAGACUUUAAGCACCAAAGGAAAACAAAUUGAAGACAUUUCCCCCUUUUUGUAUGAUCCUCUUAAAUAUAAGCCAUCAUGUCAAAGGGAGCUUAUGCUAUGCAUGACUUCAUAAACAAAUCAUUUGUGAAAGAGAAAAACCACAUCCAGGGUAAAGUCAUAAGCUGAAAAGCCUUAUUUCACAGAGUACUUCCUGAAAGAGACAAAGCAGCAAUUACAGCUGAACAAGUACCAACUCCUACCGAGUAUUAUAUUUGAAACAACCUUUUAAAGCAACAGAAGAUCCUAAAACAAAAGAAAUACAGCAUUUCUUAAAUACACCAUUUCUAGAAAGCUAUUUUGACACAAGCGACUCAAAGACGUCUCUUUUACAGAGCUGGGUGUACUGAAAAACCUUCCUAACACAGCCUUUUGAUGGACAGGAGUUUCUAAGUGUCAUGCCUACCAACAAACUAUAAGAUGACCACCCCUCACAACCAAACUCACCCUGGCCCUUCUGACAACUCACAUCCCGACGAAUACAAAAUCGCAGCCCUUGUCUUCUACAGCUGUAUCUUCAUAAUUGGAUUAUUUGUUAAUGUCACUGCAUUAUGGGUUUUCAGCUGUACCACCAAGAAGAGAACCACUGUAACCAUCUAUAUGAUGAAUGUGGCGUUACUGGACUUAAUAUUUAUAUUGACCUUACCCUUUCGAAUGUUUUAUUAUGCAAAAGGUGAAUGGCCCUUUGGAGCGAACUUCUGCCAGAUUCUUGCAGCUCUCACGGUCUUUUAUCCAAGUAUUGCACUAUGGCUUUUAGCUUUCAUCAGUGCUGACAGAUACAUGGCCAUUGUACAGCCCAAGUACGCCAAGGAACUUAAAAACACGUGCAAGGCCGUGCUAGCGUGCGUGGGUGUCUGGAUAAUGACCCUGACGACCACCACCCCACUCCUACUGCUAUAUGAUGACCCAGACAGAGCCUCCACUCCCGCCACCUGCCUCAAGAUUUCUGACAUCAUCCACCUAAAAGCUAUAAACGUGCUGAACUUCACUCGACUGAUAUUUUUUUUCUUGAUUCCUCUAUUCAUCAUGAUUGGGUGCUACUUAGUCAUUAUUCACAGUCUCCUCCAUGGCAAGACGUCUAAGCUGAAGCCCAAAGUCAAGGAGAAGUCUAUACGCAUCAUCAUCACACUCAUGGUGCAGGUGCUCGUCUGCUUCAUGCCUUUCCACGUCUGCUUUGCUUUCCUGAUGCUGGGAGGGGACGAGAACAGCUACAACCCCUGGGGUGCCUUCACCACCUUCCUCAUGAACCUCAGCACCUGUCUGGAUGUGAUCCUCUACUACAUUGUUUCAAAGCAGUUCCAGGCUCGAGUCAUCAGCGUCAUGCUGUACCGCAAUUACCUUCGGAGCGUGCGCAGAAAGAGCUUCCGCUCCGGUAGCUUGCGGUCACUGAGCAACAUAAACAGUGAAAUGUUAUGAAUGGUCGUUUUUUGUCUCCCAUCUCUUUACGUUCACUUAACUAUCUUAGGGUCAAUGGAUAUUUGUAUGAUAUUAUCGAGUCCCUUCUCCCCUGGAGGAAAAAAAUUAAAAACUUUAAACUCUU